CAACAGGUCAGUGACCCCGCAGCCCCGCGCCGCUCGACCAGAGCGAGAGGGAGCAACUGAAUGACGUCUCGCUCUGGCGCGAGAGAGAGCGCAACAGGGAGGCGAUGAAGCAGCUCCAGCACGAAGACCAUGUAAAUGAGCAGAUCAACGAGAUACUAUCACAUGAGGGCAUGGACGUGCACCGAGCUGACACGGGCGAGAGCAUACACCGGAUCAUCAACAGCUUCCUGCUGCUGCUGCCGCGCGCCGUGCUCUCCGACCCGGUCGGCGCGGACUACGAGCACUACAUACAUGACGCGCACAGGCACUACCAGUACUGGCUGGACAUAACCUCGACCUUCAACUGGCCAACGGACCACGUGAUGCCCGAUACCACGGCCAGUUCUACACACAGCUACGACAGCCGACCGGAAGCCGACAUACACCUAGACGACGUCUUCGAACCGGUAAAAACCGGCAACUACCGGAAAACCAGCGACAGCUCAAACCCAGAAAAAAACUGCUGCAGCGAAAACUGCAACUCAAAAAGUCACUCUUCAAACUCUGACGAGGAAUUUGACGAAGGCCCGUUCUUCAAAAUGCUGUUCAGAUUACUUCUAAACAUGCCGUCGCAGCCUUACCAAGUGAAUUUGCACCUUACGGCUAUAAUAUCAAAGCUCGCUUUAAUUCCGCAUCCAAAUCUACACGAGUAUUUACUAAAUCCAAUGUUGCCAACUGCGAAAAAGACGCAGACGUUGUUCAAAGUGCUACAAGAGUUAGCAAGGAGGUUGACCAUAGAGAUUCCGAGGUUACGGAACUACAAGACAGUUAUAGAGAAUACGAGGUUACAGCUGAUGAGUGAAGAUCCUAUUUAUGAUGAGAGUGGCGACCACAACCAACUAGUGGAAAGCCUCAUAGUCCUCGAGGAGUUCUGUAAGGAGCUGGCUGCGAUCGCCUUCGUCAAGUACCAGCACUCCAUCAUGCCCAGGUAG